CAACAGUAGAGUUUAACUCGCCGAUUCUCUCUCGGAAAGUAUAAAAGCUUGAAUCAGAAGGUUUGAAAUUCAUCAAAUAUGGCCAACAGGGCGCAAAUUCCUACUAGUAACUCGGCACUAAUUUCCAUGAUUGCUGAUGAGGACACUAUUGUCGGAUUUCUGCUGGCUGGGGUGGGUAAUGUUGACUUGCGGAGAAAGACAAAUUACCUUAUUGUAGACUCAAAAACCACUGUAAAACAAAUUGAAGAUGCAUUUAAGGAAUUUACAACGAGGGAGGAUUUAGCAAUAGUGCUGAUUAGCCAAUAUGUUGCAAAUAUGGUAAGGUUCUUGGUUGAUAGCUACAACAAGCCUGUCCCUGCAAUUCUGGAGAUUCCCUCAAAGGACCAUCCUUAUGAUCCUGCUCAUGAUUCAGUUCUUUCGCGAGUUAAGUAUCUCUUCUCAGCUGAAUCAGUCGCAUCUGACCGACGCUAAGUAGUUUGAUCACUUUCCUAUCUUUUAUGUAUAUUGACGAGUCGUUUGUAAUUCAUAGUUCCUUUGUCAUAAUCCUAUUGAUGAAUUCCAGCUCCCAUUUGUACUGUGGAAGUCUAUGCUGUGCUUGUCUUUGCGAAUAAGAAUAGGGAAACAUUAUAUGUUCUUUAUUGUAUUGUUGAUAACUUUUGGCUUUAGCUUUUGUUAUAAAAUUUGUGAU